CCAGCGCGGCUCGGGAGGGCGAGCGGGCGAGGGCGGUGCCUCCCGCCCCGGUCUGUCGGGCCUGCGGCGGGGCGGCCUGUCCGGGCUCGGGGCGGGUUGUGCGAACGCGCCUGCGUGCAGCGGCGUGACUUCGAAGGCUCGUGAGAGGCGGACCCUGAAGAAGGGGAACGGGACGGGAUGUCGCCGGCACGUCGUGUGACGGGAACGGAGCUUUCCUGGUUUGUUAACCUGUUUGGGGCUUGGCAGAUACAGAAACUGGAAGCCAUUUGUAUGUCCUCACGUACAGACAAAAUUAGCUCUUGGGCAAAGGGGGCUGAAUGGCCUGCUCUGGUCACUCCUGCGGCCACAGGAAGGUCCUAUGAAUGAAAAGGACUUUGGAGACCCACAAGAUUCCUGAGACCGAUUCGGAGUUGUGUUACAGGGCAGAGAAAGAAUGGAGAGACGACCUUUAGCAGGUGAGGGAACUGGAAAAGGCCCUUCUGCUGCUCAGCUGGGGAGCUGUGGGGAGAUCCAGACAAGAACUGGGCAGAAGAUCCUGGAGGAGGAAACCGUCUGUUCAGAACUUCAGCCCUGGAACUGCAGGAGCGUCCAAUAUCAGGAGGCCGAGGAUCUCCAAGGACAUUGCAGCCGACUCCACUCCUUGUGUAGUCGAUGGUUGAGAGCAGAAAAACACACCAAAGCGCAGAUGCUGGACCUGGUUGUUCUGGAGCAGUUCCUGGCCCUGCUGCCCCUGCAGGUGGAGCGCUGGGUGCGGGAGUGCGGAGCGGAGACCAGCUGCCAGGCGGUGGCCCUGGCCGAGGGCUUCCUCCUGAGCCAGGCGGAGGAGCGGAAGGGGCAGGUCGGGUUGCAGUCCUUCAGUGUGGACGUCAGAGAUCCUGAGGGAAGGAGGAAUCCAUCCAAUCCCCCUCCGGAGCUGUUUUUCGGGAGGAUCUCUCAGGAAGAUCCAGGUCAGGACACCUCAGCAGGGAAGACUCAGAGAAAGUUGCCUGCUGUUUAUGGUGGAGCUGAACCAGUGGUUGAACCUCCAACUCACGAGGGUCCUGUGUCCUUCGAGGAGGUGGCUGUGUGUUUCUCUGAGGAGGAGUGGUCUCGGCUGGAUCCUUGCCAAAAAGCGCUGCAUUGGGAAGUUAUGCUGGAAAAUUAUAGGAACGUGGCCUCUCUGGCAGGUGAUGGAUGGGAGACGGAGGAUUCCGGUCAAGAGGCGGCAGCACCUUUGCCAACAGCCAGAAAGGAAGUUGCGGAAAAGAUGUUUGGAAAGCAAAGGCCUGAGGAAAACCAGUUAAAAGUGGGGCUGGGGAAAUGCUCUACUUUUCAGUCUGCAGAUAUCAGUGUCUUCUUGGCCAAAAUCGAUCACCAAGAAAAAGGAGUGUGUCCAGGCUGCAGAAAAGUACUCAGAGAUGAAUCAGGAUUAUGUGCCUGUUGCAGAAGCCACUCUGCAGAGAAACAAAAUGAAAGCAGGAGAUGUUCCAGAAGGACCUUCCGUGUUACUUUACGUCAAAGAAUACAAGAAGGAGAAAAACCUUAUAAAUGCCUGGAGUGUGGAAAAUGCUUCAGAUAUUCAGGUUAUCUUACUUCUCAUAAAAGGAUCCACACAGGGGAAAAACCGUAUGAAUGCAAGGAAUGUGCAAAGAGCUUCCAUUUUGCAACAGGCCUUACUGCCCAUCAUAGGAUUCACACUGGGGAGAAGCCAUAUAAAUGCCUGGAGUGUGGAAAAUGCUUCUCUGAGUCGGGUUCCCUCAUUAAGCAUAAAAGGAUCCACACCGGGGAAAAACCAUAUAAAUGCCAGGAGUGUGGAAAGACCUUCAGGGCUUCAAGUGCUCUUAUUUCCCAUAAAAGGAUCCACACAGGUGAGAAACCAUAUGAAUGCCUCAAGUGUGGAAAGUGCUUCAGACAAAAAUAUCAUUAUAUAGUACAUAACAGAAUCCACACUGGGGAGAAACCAUAUAAAUGCAUGGAGUGUGGAAAGAGUUUCCAUUCUCAAAAACAGCUUCCUUCCCAUAACAGAAUCCACACUGGGGAGAAACCGUAUAAGUGCAUGGAGUGUGGAAAAUGCUUCACUGAGUCAAGUUCCCUCAGUUCCCAUAAAAGGAUUCACACUGGUGAGAAAUGAUAUAAAUGUAUGGUGUGUGGAAAGGGAUUUACUCAACAUCAGUCGCUUUAUGAACAGAAAAUUCAUUGAAGAGAAACCCAUAGAAACAAAAAGAACUGCAUAAAUGAGCUGUGUGUCAAAAAUUUUGGAGACUACAUUCCUAAACUUUUAUUAUUGUGAAAAAAUGAAAUUUUAGUGAAUGGAAGAUAAGGAACAAUGAUGGCAAAGAGAUUGGAGAACAAUAAUUACAGCUGAUUACUUGAGCGAUGUUGAGCAUUUGUCCACACAGUGCCCUGAAUCUCGUCUUCCUUGGAAGACCCGCAUUGGAACCAUUUUCUUUCUGCAUCUCUCAAUUUAUUGGCCACUAGAAGCACCUGACACAGGGACAGUAGAGUGACUGCGCACUUCGACUUUGCUCUCUUCGCAGCCCAAUGCUUAAUUUGCACAUCACUCCUGUUAUCCCUCCAGUGGAACAGACUGUUAAUUAUGAAGGCUGUCAAUGCUUACUCUUCUGGCUUCCUCACUCUCUUGGGAUGAAGAAAACGCCAUCCCGGUUCGAAGACACAGAUGGGCAGCCUCGGCUUUGCUGUCGCCGUGUAACUUCCUAAAUAAAGAUGAUCUUUGGGUUUUCUUUCUUUCAAGGACUAGUCUCCAGAA